UCGUUGUGGGCAGUAGGGGGGCCGUAGCCGCCGCAGCGCGCGACUGCUCUAUCCUACGUUGGCAGCUGAUUUUCAGCAGCAGCAGCCGUCUGCGGCUGUUGCACUAUGUGAGUUUCGUUCUUAGGGCACGCCGAACCGUCAGCAAUGUUUCCCAACGUCGGCAAAAUCGACGACAAAGGUCCCGGGGGACCCGGCGAUGACGCACCGUGGUGGCUACGGUACUUAGGCAGGUUCGUAGGAACUGUCAGUGCACUCGUUGCCAUUGGUCUCGGCGCGCAGUUAGCAGUGCUCUCUGCUGUCACCAUAUCAUCGGCAUGCCUCUUGGCUGCUAUUCUGCAAAUGAUUGUUGGCAUGAUGGUGGCGCUGAUUGAAGCACCAUGCUUCUGUGCUUUUCUCGAGUUCGCCCAGGCUCCGGGCAACUUCUUUGACCGCAAACCUUACUGGUACAAGGCCCUUCUGUAUGGAGUAGGUGGUGUGCUACCUGUGGCACUGUGUCAUGGCAUCACUACUUUCUUUGGUGGUGGCUUGGUAUUUGUGGCUGGAUGCAUUUAUGGAAUCAUGGCCAUGGGUCGCAAAGCCAGUGCCGAUGAAAUGAGAGCUCGUGCCACAAGUACCGCCAACCUGGUUCCGUCCAGUGGAGACGUCGAGGCACCAUCGGGCGACAAGUUUACACCCAGCUAAAGGCAGCUUGAAAUGAAGGUUCGGCCAUCAUUCUGUCAAUGUCUGGAGGCUGUUCCUCUCUAUGCUGCAAACUCCCUCACACUCUUAUUGUCUGUAGCUUGUUCAGGAUAAUGUGAAAGAUCAUUCCAGUUGAGCAGAACAAAUCUUCCACCGUGCACCAUUCCGAAGCUAUACAUCGUUACAGAGGUGUACAACUUUGAACAACCUUGAUGGGUGUUGUGCGUUUGGGGCAGAGGAAUGGCAGGACACAUGUGCUGGGGAUAUGCAGGACAGUAACCUUUUUGUCACUUGCUCUCUAUAUCCACUGCAUUGCCUAAGGCUUUUGUGACAACUGAUCACUUCCCUUUUUUUUUUUUUUGUGUAGUUGCACAAAUGUUUAGGCGUAUCAAUAUGUUCUUGCCCUUUUAUUUUUUUAAGGUGUUGAUUGAGGGCGCACUCUGCUCAAGUUGAAAUAUGCGUGCAGGUAUUUUACAUGUGUGGGAGUUUUCUCACAGAGUGUGAGCUUUCCUUUAUAUAUUUUUUUUUUCAUAAAGUUGUUGUAUUGCUGCACUUUUACCUCUUUUUAUUUGCUUGUGAAGCCUGUUCCCCAAACUUCUUGUUAAGUGCUGCUUGAAGUAUUCUUAAGCAGCUCUGUUCCAUGGUUUUUGUCUACCUGCAUUACUGCCACUGGGUGUCUGUAAUAUUCUUCAGCCUAUACAGUACUAUCUUCUUGUAAAUUGUCCCUUUCGGGCUGGAACAUUUUUUUUUUUCAACAUAUUUAUAGAUUGUGUGUGUGGGUGUGUGAAAAUGCAGUAUAGUAGUCAUUGGGGUUAAGCAGCUUGAUCUAGCCGAAGAGGGCUGGGAUUUUGUGCGAUGUUUGGAGCUAGCUGUUAUGUGUCAUGUGUGCAAAUGCACUGGUUCUUAGUGUACACUCGCGAGAUAGGCCAUUGUAAUGGUGCAGCAUGUGUUGUAACUUGUAUUGAGGAUCAAGUUUGUAGUAACCCCAACCAAAGUAUACUGCUCCACUUGCAUCUGUUCACUGAAUGUGUUAUGUAAUCAUUGUGUGGUGAAUAAAGUGUGCUGAAAAUGUGCCAGCACGAGGAAUUUUUUUUAUGGGA